AUGAGGUACCCCACCGCCGGGAGAAGUGGAGGCGGCGGGGCGGUGUGGGGUGGCGGCGGAUCCGGCACCCCCAUGGCCGGAUCUGGCGCGGCAGCGCGGCCCGGCGGUGGUGCGCGGCAGGGGGCGGCGACGGUGGCCCGGCGGCGCGAUGCGGCUGGGGGCGGCGGCGGCGGCCCGGCGGCUGGGAGCGGCACCUGGCAAGGCGGCGGCGGCACCCCGCCCAGAUCCGGCGUCCCCGCGGCCGGAUCCGACUCCCGGAUGGUCAGGGUCGUUAUGGCCGGCGUCGCCGGCGACGGGAGGACGACGCGUGCGGAAGGACGGCGCAUGCGCGACGGGAGGACGCCGGCGUCAAGGUUGAUACGUGUGGCGCCGUGCAGCGGGCCGACGCGGCAGUGGCUGGCGCCGGCGAUGCUUGCCACCGGACCUCGUGGAUGA